GUGAUGCGCGGAAGCAGCGUUCUUAUCGUGUGUCUCCUGACGGUGGCCCUCGCUGGGGUUACCCAAGGCCAGUUCGCCGGAUGUGACCGGCAGAAGACCUUGACGUCGGGUGAGGUGUACUACGUCGAAACGCCCAAUUUUCCCAACUACUUCACCAAGGGCACGAACUGCCGCUGGCAGCUGACGGCUCCGGUGAGCCACACGAUCUACGUCAACUGCUACGACGUGUUCCUGGCGACGUCCAAUGGAUGCACGUCUGAUCGGUUGGAGAUAUCGCUUAGACAGGAUCCUUCGCUGCUGUACGCCACCAAGUACUGUGGGGAUCGCACUUUCACGCUGCAAUCCGCAGGGAACUCGGCGACGUUUGCUUUACGCUCGGACACCACCUCGAGAGGCGGUCGAUUCCGGUGUCAGGUGGUGGCACAGGCACCUACCUGCAACUGUGGAGUCCGCCGUACGUCAAAGAUCGUGAACGGAGUGCCAACGAUGGUUAACGAGUUUCCCAUGAUGGCGGGCAUGGUUGAUUCCGGUUCGAGGAUUGUCUUUUGCGGUGCCACGAUCAUCUCCGAGUUUCAUUCGAUCUCAGCCGCACACUGCAUGAAAGGACGCAGCAUCUCAUCGGCAGCCCUACUAGUAGGAGAUCACGACACUAAGACAGGCACUGACACCAAAUACUCCGUGCUGAUGAGGCUUGCUUCCGUCAUCAAUCACCCAUCGUACGUGGCCAGUCCGUCUAGGAAUGACAUUGCGCUCGUACGAACAGCUGACAGGAUCGUGUUCAAUGCCGGCGUUGGUCCAGCUUGUCUGCCUUUCCGGUUCUCGAGCUCCAACUUCGCUGGCUCAGUCGUUGAAGCGGCUGGCUGGGGUACGAUAGAUUUCGGUGCGCAGGCUUCCAGCGUACUACGGAAGGUGUCACUCAACGUCAUCACACCGCAAUCAUGCCAAUCGGCCAUGCCUAACAUCGUCGAUUCGCAUAUCUGUACCUUCACGUCCGGACGGGACACGUGUCAGUACGAUUCCGGAGGUCCACUGUUUUAUACUACUGGCGGACGCGUUUAUUUGGUCGGUGUCGUCAACUACGGGGUUACGUGCGCGUCUAACAAACCCUCUGUAAGCAGCCGUAUUACGUCUCAUCUGUCUUGGAUCCAGAGCAUGACCCCGGGCAUCUCGUACUGUGCGUUGUGAGUGAAAUGUACACUGGAAAAGCAGCUGCAGCUGCAUUACAGUGAGCUAACUAAUACAUCGAAUGAUUACAAGCCCUCUUCCCU